UGAUGCUUAUCUGUGUGUAAAUCGAUGGGAUAAUUAUGUUUAAGAAAAGAGGAAACGUUAAAAAACAUGAGAAGAACUGUGAAUUGGGAUGGACGGGGUUGACUGGUGGGGGUACAGUAUAUAGCGAGCGGUGCCGGCAAUGCCGCUCAGUCGUCUCCGCGCCCCUCAUGUGUACGAAGUACGGUUGUAUCCAGUUUGAAGCUAGAAAAUGAGGUACGCAGAGUUUAAUAUGAAAAACGAGACGACGUACGUGGAUUUCGCGAUGGACGGGCCGAUAAUGGCCAAAGUUGCGGCGAUGGUGUCGCUCGCGGUGACUUCGUUCCUCUUGGGCAUUCUGCCGAUCAAGCUGGCCUCCAUCCUAAAAUGGAACACCUCGGAGACGCACGGGCACGGACACGGCACUCCGCAGUGUCUGCCGGUAUACAUACUGCUCAGUUUCGGCGGCGGCGUCCUUCUCUAUACGACUUUCAUGCACCUGCAGCCGGAAGUCAGGGAGGGCAUGGAGGUAGUGUCCAAAACAGGCAUUAUUCCCCAUUCUCUCUUGGAUUCUGGGCUUAACCUCUCCGAGCUGAUAUUCUGCCUGGGCUUCUUCUUCGUGUAUCUCAUUGAGGAGCUAGUUCACUCUCUUCUCGACAGAACUAAGGACGAAGAAGACAUGCUGGCACUUCACAGGUCCAUCAGUAUAAGGAAAAAGUGCAGAGCAGGCAAUCUGAUACCGAGAAUCCAAUUGCCGCAGCCGAACCAGUCGCCGCCGUCUACUAUUACCGCCAGCACUCAAGUUUUGAUUAAAGACAGCUUCUAUAAAAAAAACUCUAUAGAUCCUGUGGAAAAUAUGAUACCCCCGACGAACGUUUUCGCGCCGUCCGAGGCCGGAUCAGACCGUACGUUACCAAACGAUACAGCGAAUUCGGUCGCCAAGUCUUUCCGGGGUUUAAUCGCAGUCGUGGCUCUGUCGUUCCAUGCCGUUUUCGAAGGACUUGCAGUUGGUCUGGAGAAGGACACGGCCAACGUCUGGUACCUCUGUGCCGCUGUGGCGACUCACAAAUUGGUCAUCGCCUUCUGUGUAGGUGUCGAGCUGGUCUCCACCGGCACAAAAAAACUGCUCGUCGUGCUCUAUAUGGCCACCUUCGCUCUCGUCACCCCCCUGGGGAUCGGCAUCGGCCUGGGCAUGACAUACCACGAAUCCUCGCUCGAGUCACCGCAAAUGGCGCUCGCCUCCGUCAUUCUUCAAGGGCUCGCCUCGGGCACACUUCUCUACGUUGUGUUUUUUGAAGUCUUACAAAGGGAAAAACUAGGACGACACGGGAUGGUGCAGUUCCUCUCUAUAAUGGCUGGAUUUAUUGUUAUGGUCGGCCUAUCUCUUAUAAUUGGCCAUCAUCAUCAUCAUCAUCAUCAUCAUCACGAUCAUGGACAUGACCAUGUACACGACCACGACGAAGGAAUCAACGAUCACUCGUGAGAAUUACAGAUUUAAAUGGAACGGCUGGAAAUUCGCCCUUCUGACAAUUUUUUUAAAAAAUCUUUUUCUUUUUAACUAGUGCGCAAGCCGAUGUAUAUACAUUCAAGUUUUAACGGUUGGAAAUAUACCGAAAGAUCUUUUUUUUCUACAAUUUUUAAGAAUUUUUUUUUACUAAACCAAAGCGUUUUUAUUAUUCUCCUAUUUU